AUAAAAUGAUUUUAAGGUAGGCUUAAUUUGCCAAUACUUUUAGAGCGGCCUACAUCUCCAGAAAGAGGAUGCUAACUAUCUGCUCCAGAGCUGUCCUGAGUCAAAGAAUUAGAAGAGUUCAUACAGUAAAACCUAAUAACAUUGUAUGCUGCCAUGGUAGAUAUUUCUCAACACAGAAGCAAGUUGACACUCAGAGCAAGACUGAAACACUGGUUGAGCCUCAGGCACAAGACAAGGCCUCUCCAACCCUUGAAGCUGAAGUGAAGGUUGACAAAAUCGAGAAUACUGAAGCUGAUGAAACUCACCCACCUGUUAAGAAGCCUCAGCAAGGGAAGCCAGGACGUCUCCUCCUCUUUCUCAUAAUUUUCGGUGGCAUGGCAUUCGUCAUAAACAACUCACUAGAAGAACAUGAAGAGAAAUCUGCUCUGGAUGGCAUCGAAAGGAAAGAGAAGAAGGCCAAAGUUCUUUCUCAGCGAGACGAGGUCAUCAUCAGGAGAGCAAGAGAGGAACGGAUCAAAAGCAUUAGAACUACUAUCCAACAAGAGCUAGAGCAGGAAUUCAAACUUAUCCCUGAAGGAUAUGAUAUUAAGCUCCUUAAAAAGCAGAAAGAAAUUAAUGAAGAGGUCGAUAAGCUCCUUGGGCUAAACAAGAUCCCAGAUCCUACCAGAUACAAAGAGAUCACCGAAAAAAUUCGAGAAGUCCAUGGCGAAAUCCAACAGGCUUUCUCCGGUCUUGAUAUUCAAAAAUCCAAAGUUGAAAGAGACCUUGAAAAACUUGAAAGACUAAGAAACUUAGUCGAGAACGAAAUACAGGAACUCGAAAACGAGUUUGACAAAGCAGAAUCAGCAGUUGAAGACUAUCGUAAGAAUCAAUUCAAAGGUCUACAAGAGAGAUCAAGGUCAUUUCUGCAAGAAUUCAGCAAAAUCAAGGCUGAAAAUGAACCUAUGGCGCUCUCAUACCUACACAAAGUCAAAGAAUUGAUGGAAGAAGGGGAAGAAUUUAUCAAAGAUAUAGACAAGAAAGUUCCCAAAGAUCUCAAAAGUGUCAGACAAGAUGUCAAGUCCAGAUACGUUAGACUCAAAUUCAUGAUCAAAGAAUACUACAGGGACCAUGAAACAGCCACCUCAAGCUAUGAAAAGUUGAAGAAGUACUUCAACAGCUACAACAAGGACGAUUUCAACAACAUUGAAAGAGGGACUGACCAAAUGGCUGACAUCAGAAACCUCAAAGACGAAAAAGCCAUCCUCCAGAUAAUGAUUAAUAGGAUGAAAGACGAAAUCAGGAUCACUAGAGAAGACCUCAGUCAACGUAAGAGGAGGCUUGAGAAGCUCAAUCAUAUGAGUAUGAGUAAGAAAAUCAACAUGCUUAGUUAUUACAAUGACAUUGAUACUUUGUGCACCAAGAUGAAUAGAGCCAAAAUGGUCGGAGGAGACAUUUCAGCUGAUCUGAAGAAACUACAAGAGACCUCUCAAGGGCAGGAUGAGCUAUUGAUAGCAAUUACCAAUGACUUGUUGUCAAAAUACCGCACUUCGACCAAUGUAAUCACCGCCAAACAGCUGCAUAAGUUCUUCUUGGAGAAGAGAAAUGACUAUUAUUGGGAUUGAUUCCAAAGAAAGAAAACUUUAUUGAAUCUUUUCGGACGGACAAUGUACUAUUCAUACACAUAUUUACUCCUUGACAAUGUCAAAUUCGAGAAGAAAUAUGCUAUUAGCCAUGUCCUCAAAGAUGACUCAACUGUAUGCCGUGAUGUGAGAUUGAUGAAUUAUAUUGAAGAAGCUCUGAAUGACGGCAAUAUAGAAGAAGCUCACUUAUUUGCAACCCAAAUGUCCCCCAAAAUGGUCCAUGAUCUUAAGGAGUUCAUCAAUUUAUGAGAAUGCUAUAUAAAGUUCCAGAUGUCUGUUGAUACUCUUAGAGAUCAUUCAAACAACCUAAUAUCGUCAAUAUUUAAAGACAAGUAGGCAAUGACUUAGAAACUUUUCUGGAAAGCUGAAUGAAAUGAAAGCCAAAAUCUGCCUUCAACAACACUUC